CCAGUGGGAGGAGCUGCCCGGGCCCCCCCUGAGACCGCAGGGCUAUAAAGCCGCGCGGCGGUCCGCGGCUCUGUCCCAGCCCCCGGCCCAGUUCCUGCAAGUGACUGCCCAUCCGCGGCUGCCAUGAGCCACCACUCGGCGGGCCUCCGGGCCGGCGUCAGCUCCACCUCAUACCGCCGCACCUUCGGGCCACCGCCUUCACUGUCCCCCGGUGCCUUCUCCUACUCCUCCAGCUCCCGCUUCUCCAGCAGCCGGCUGCUGGGUUCGGCGUCCCCGAGCUCCUCGGUGCGCCUGGGCAGUUUCCGUGGCCCUCGGGCGGGCGCGGGCGCCCUCCUGCGCCUGCCCUCGGAGCGCCUCGACUUCUCCAUGGCCGAGGCCCUCAACCAGGAGUUUCUGGCCACGCGCAGCAACGAGAAGCAGGAGCUGCAGGAGCUCAACGACCGCUUUGCCAACUUCAUUGAGAAGGUGCGCUUCCUGGAGCAGCAGAACGCGGCCCUGCGCGGGGAGCUGAGCCAGGCCCGGGGCCAGGAGCCGGCGCGCGGCGACCAGCUGUUGGAAGAGGAGACGCGCAAGCGCGAGGACGCGGAGCACAACCUCGUGCUCUUCCGCAAGGAUGUGGACGACGCCACUUUGUCCCGCCUGGAACUAGAGCGCAAGAUUGAGUCCCUGAUGGAUGAGAUUGAAUUCCUCAAGAAGCUGCACGAGGAGGAGCUGCGAGACCUGCAGGUGAGCGUGGAGAGCCAGCAGGUACAGCAGGUGGAAGUGGAGGCGACGGUGAAGCCUGAGCUGACCGCAGCGCUGAGGGACAUUCGCGCGCAGUACGAGAGCAUCGCAGCGAAGAACCUGCAGGAGGCAGAGGAGUGGUAUAAGUCCAAGUACGCGGACCUGUCCGACGCCGCCAACCGGAACCACGAGGCCUUGCGCCAGGCCAAACAGGAGAUGAACGAGUCCCGUCGCCAGAUCCAGAGUCUGACAUGCGAGGUGGACGGGCUGCGCGGCACCAACGAGGCGCUGCUCAGACAGCUGCGGGAGCUGGAGGAGCAGUUCGCCCUGGAGGCGGGCGGCUACCAGGCGGGCGCCGCGCGGCUGGAGGAGGAGCUGAGGCAGCUGAAGGAGGAGAUGGCGCGGCACCUGCGCGAGUACCAGGAGCUCCUCAACGUCAAGAUGGCCCUGGACAUCGAGAUCGCCACCUACCGGAAGCUGCUGGAGGGCGAGGCGCGCAGGAUCUCCGUGCCGGUCCAUUCGUUUGCCUCUUUAAGUUUAAGGACGACCGUGCCUGAGGUGGAGCCCCAAGACAGCCACAGCCGGAAGAUGGUGCUGAUCAAGACCAUUGAGACCCGCGAUGGGGAGCAGGUGGUGACGGAGUCCCAGAAGGAGCAGCACAGCGAACUGGACAAGGCUUCCACUCACAGCUACUGACCUCGGUGGUCGGAGCUUCCUCACUCUGCUCUCGGCUACUCUAAGCCCAGCCCUGGCCCAGUCCCGGGUUAGUCUCUGCUCCCCCUGCAUGUGUCUGGAAUGUGGCACCGUCACCCCUUCUCUGACCCUGGCCACGCGCUGUCUAACCCCCAUAGCCGCACCCCUCCUGCCACACAGAUGUGACCUGUAUACUGUCUCUUCGUGUCUUGGUAAGAGGCCGAUGACCCCCAGGAUAAGAUUACUAUUGCCAUGAUCCCGGGGUAGGCCAGAGUCUGAGUUUCACUUUCGAGUCAAAUAAAGUGCCGUCAAGAUAAA